AUGUUGAGGCAAUUGUGGAAUAGGAUUCUGGGUUCCACCCAGGACCAAAGUUCAGACAUAGACCCUGAAACUGUACAGAAAGUCUUGAAGAGUCACAAGAGCAGGAUGCAGAAGCAGUUUGAGUGUAUAUUUGAAGGACUCGAACAGAGAGGAAGCAAAACUCCACUUAACAAGAUCUACACACAGCUCUACAUCACUGAAGGAGACAGUGACGAGGUGAACAACGAUCACGAAGUUUGGCAGAUGGAUAAGAUGUCCAGAAAACCAAAGCCAGAUGACACUCCCAUUGACUGUAAUGACAUCUUCAAUGCCUUACCGGGACAAGAGAGACACAUCAGGACUGUGAUGACCAAGGGCAUUGCUGGCAUUGGAAAGACGGUGUCUGUGCAGAAGUUCAUUCUCGACUGGGCAGACGGAGGAGCUAAUCAAGAAGUCCACUUGAUGCUUUUCCUUCCUCUCCGAGAGCUGAAUUUGCUCAAAGAUGAUGAAUACAGUCUUCACAAUCUCCUGCUUGAGUUCCACCCAGAGCUGAGAGCACUAGGAGAAACGUGUUACGACGACUUACAGGUGGUGUUCAUCUUUGACGGUAUUGAUGAAAGCAGACUUCCGCUGAACUUCAAGAAAAACAAACCUGUGUCUGAUGUCACAAAGACAGCGACACUGGACGUGCUGGUCACCAACCUCAUCAAGGGAAACCUGCUCCGGACAGCCCUGAUAUGGAUGACAUCACGUCCUGCAGCAGCUGGUCAAGUCCCCUCUGAACAUGUUGACCGCAUCACAGAAGUGCGCGGGUUCAAAAACCAGCAGAAGGAUGAGUACUUCAUGAAGAGAAUUGAGGAUCCGGCUCGAGCUCAGCAAAUCCUCAGUCACAUCAAGACCACAAGAAGCCUCCUCAUCAUGUGCCACAUACCAGUCUUCUGUUACAUUGCAGCAACUGUCCUGCAGGAAAUGUUAGGUCAGUACGACAGUGCAGAAAUCCCCUCAACCCUGACAGAAAUGUAUAUUCACUUCCUGAUCAUACAGCUGGACAAGAAAAACCAAAAGUACGAUGGUGUCAAACCAGACAAAAAGACGAUACUGGAGGCCAACCGGGAUGCCAUCUUAAAAUUGGCAGAACUGGCUUUUAAAAACCUUGAGCAGGGCACAAUCUUGUUUGACGAAGAUGCGCUGAAAGAGAGUGGCAUUAGUUUGGAAGAAGCUUCUGUGCACUCCGGUUUGUGUACAGAAAUUCUCAGAGAAGAGCCUAAGUUUGCUUUGAGUAAGUUCUACUGCUUUGUGCAUCUAAGCGUCCAGGAGUUCCUGGCUGCUUUGUUUGUCUUCGUCUCUUUCAUGAACGGGGACAUGGCAGCACUGAGGUCUUUUCUGCAGGCAAAACCCAAAAAGGUGUUCCUGUACCUCUUGCUGAAGAGUGCUGUGGAAAAAUCUCUGAAAAGCAAGAACGGACACUUGGAUCUUUUCCUUCGCUUUCUUUUGGGCAUCUCGCUCGACUCCAGUCAGAAACUCCUCGAAGGCCUGCUGAAACGUCCAUUAGCGGAGAACAGCAAGGAGAACUCCAAAAGCCUGGAGUUAAUCAUAAAACACAUUAAAAAUGUGGACAAAAAGAACACCUCACCUGAGAGAUUCAUCAACCUCGUUAACUGUCUUUCUGAAAUGAAAGACCACUCACUUCAGAAAGAGCUGCAGACGUUCCUCACCUGUGAGAAAGGACCAAAUACAGAACUAUCAUCAGCACACUGUUCCACCUUAGCAGACAUCCUUCUGAAGUCCGAGGAGGUUUUGGAUGAGUUUGACAUUGAUGAGUACAACGCAACAGACGAAGGACAACAGCGACUUGUUCCGGUUGUGAAAUGGUGCAAAAAAGCUCGGCUUACAGAUUACAGCAAUUUUAAUGAGCAGUCUUGUGAGAUAGUGGCCUCGGUCCUGCGAUCAACAUCGUCUUACUUGAGAGAGCUGUAUCUGGACGGUACCACCAUGGCGGAGUCAGGAAUGAUGGCUGUCUGUGGCUCCCUAUCCAAUCCCAGCUGUAUGCUGGAGAGGCUAAGUCUAGGUGGCUGUAAACGUUCGAGCAACAAUAUGAUUGGACACCUCGCAUCCUCUCUUCAGUCCAUGAAAGACUCACAGCUGGAGGACCUGGAUCUGAGUUGCUGUCCCUGCAGUGUUGAGGAGAUGAGGCUUUUAACAGCAGGACUGGUGAAUUGCCACUGUAAAGUUGAGAGAUUAAGCCUGAGGAAGUCUAAUCUUUCUUCAAGUCACUGUGAAGAUUUGGCCUCAAUUCUCUGCUCCUCUGACUCCAACCUGAGAGAGCUGGACUUGAGAGACAACGACCUGCAGGACUCAGGAAUGGAGCUGCUCGCCUCUGGACUCAAGAACUCACAAUGCAUAGUGGGGAUACUGAGCCUAAAUAUGUGCUUUCUGAAGGAUGGCCACUGUGAAGUUUUGGCUUCAGUCCUCAGUUCAGAUGAUUCCCACCUGAGAGAGUUGGACCUGAGAGACAACGACCUGCAGGACUCAGGAGUGGAGCUGCUCUGCUCUGGACUCAAUAGCUCACAGUGCACACUGGAGAUACUGAGGUUGUCUUUCUGUGGUGUGACUGAGAAAGGCUGUAAGAGUCUGGCUUCUGCCCUGAGUGCAAACCCCUCCUACCUGAGAGAGCUGGACCUGAGCUACAAUCACCCAGGAGAGACAGGAGUCAGACUUCUGACUGAGAGAAAGGAUGACCAAGACUGCAAACUGGACACACUGAUUGUUGAUCACGAUGCAGAGUGUUGGUUAAAGUCAGGACUCAAGAAAUACGUCUGCGAGCUCACACUGGACCCAAACACAGUCGAUAUUCAGAUCCGGCUGUCUGACGGAGAUCAGAAGCUGAUGGCCAGCUCUCCUAAUGAGAACUAUCCCAACCACCCAGACAGGUUCCUGCGUUCUGAACAGGUUCUGUGCAGAGAGGGCCUGACUGGACGCUGCUACUGGGAGGCAGAGUGGAACGCACACAUGGCCUACAUGGGAGCAGCGUACAGGAAACAUGGAAGAAGAGAGAGAGACUGUCGCCUGGGACUCAACGACACAUCCUGGGGUCUACUGUGUCGAUAUCGCUCUUCAGUUUCCUCUGUAUACAAACACUUAUACACUGGCAGCCAUGACAGUAAGGCCUCCCCCACCGUCUCAUUUCCAUUUGACUGCAGAAGAGUAGGAGUGUUUCUGGACUGGCCGGCCGGCACUCUGUCCUUCUACAGCGUCUCCUCGGACACACUCACACACAUCCACACGUUUCACCACAAAUUCACCGAGCCCAUCUAUCCAGGGUUUGGGUUAGUGGUGAAUGGGUGGUUGAGUGAAGAUUCCAUUUCCCUCUGUAAGGUUUGAUGGUGUUUCACAUACUGCUGCCACCUACAGGUAAGAUGAAGAACAGCAGGAUGUAAUAGUGAGUAUUCAUAAUUAGCUAUUCCAACUAAAAGGCACACCAAUCAAUUUGUGACACACAUUUAUCAAGUUUCUAUCUUUCUGCAUUAGAACAGAUACACACACACGCACACACACACACACA